AUGUAUAGACAGAUUCAGGUGCAUCGAGAAGACCAAGAUCUUCAACUCAUCCUUUGGAGAAAAUCAUCAGAGGACCCAGUUCAAACUUUUUGUCUAACAACGGUCACAUAUGGAUUGCCGUGUGCACCUUUCCUCGCUGUUCGAUGUCUACAGCAACUCGCAAUUGAUGAGGGACAAUACUAUCCUCUUGCCACCAAAGCCAUUCAAAAGGGGACCUAUAUGGACAAUGUAAUUACGGGUUCGGAUAUCUUUGUGUGCAACAGACAUUUGCUUGAAAUUCAAACUACGUUUCCUUCAGCAUUCUGGCAUUAUGUACCAUCAGCGAGCAAUCCAGCUGAUUGUUCAAUGCGAGGUAUCUCUGCCAAGAACUUGGGUCUCUUUUCACUUUGGUGGAAAGGACCGGAUUGGUUAAUUUCAUCGUCCAUCUGGCCAGUUCAGCCUUUGUCAAAGAAGAAGAAUAAUGUGGAUAUGAAAGAACGAGAGAAACUUUUACCAACUACAGUUUGGUUAAUAAGAUUCCUGCUAUACCGUCUUCAUCCAUCAGACCCGAUGAAACCAGUGUUGACACUCUCAGAACUUCAUUCUGCAAACCUGGCCUGGAUUCGGCAUGAACAAUAUCAUUAUUUUGGAGCUGAAAUUAAUAUCUUGAUAUCGGAAAUGUCUCUAAAGAAUAAAUUGGCUCGAUUAACACCUUAUAUUGAUGCUAAAUACCUUCUAGGAGUAGGAGGUGGUUUAAAAAACUCUAUUCUGAAUCCAGACGAGAAACACCCUCCCUUUCUUUCUUCGGAAUCUACGUUAACGGCUCUACUUGUCGAUUAUCAUCAUCAGCGUUGUCUUCAUGUUGGUGUUCAGCUCACCCUCGGAACCUUGAGGCAGCAGUACUGGAUUCUGAAAGGAAACCAGCCUCAGCAACUAAUGAGGAAUCUUCCAGCAAUUCGUUCAAGUCUAAGUAAACCAUUCCCACAUACUGGUGUGGAUUAUGCUGGAUCUAUCGGCCUCCGUACCACCAAGGGUCGUGGAUAUAAAUCUUAUAAGGGCUAUAUUGCUGUUUUUGUUUGUUGUUUCACCCGUGCUGUGCACUUGGAAGUAGUAUCCGACUAUACGGCAAAUGGCUUUCUAGCGGCUUACACUAGAUUUGUUUUCCGUCGUGGAAUAAGCAAAACAUUAUCCAGGGACCAGGGAACCAACUUCAUUGGUGCUGACGCCAACCUUCGAACCAUGUUUUCUUCAGCCUCAAAACAAUCAAAAUUCGUUGCUUCAGUACUUGCUGCUAAUGUCCCUGAGUGGAGGUUCAAUUCACUAGCUGCACCUCAUUUUGGCGGACUUUGGGAGGCAGCUGUGAAGUCUUCUAAACACCACAUUCGCCGAGUUCUCGGAGAUAGAACGUUGACAUUCGAGGAAAUGAGCAAAUUUCUUUCCUAA